UCUGAUGUGGCUUUCGUGCGCGUGCGGUACGAUUCAACUACGAUCUCACCAUGGCUUCUUGUGCGGUCGCAACGCUUCAGCUCGUUAUCAGCUGGAUGCUGUGUUUGUACUACUCUGCCCAAAUUGUGCUGCUGAUAGUGUUCGAGUUCUUCACCAAGCCACACUCCAAGUUCUGGGUCACCAAGAAACGUCCCUAUCCGCCACAAUGUCUUCAGAAGCACGAUUACGGCACCAGCAAGUAUAUAACAGUUAACGGCGUCAAACUGCACUACGUCGAGAAUGGGGACUCGAGCAAACCGUUGAUGCUGCUCGUCCAUGGCUUCCCAGAGUUUUGGUUUUCCUGGCGUCAUCAGUUGAAUGAGUUCGCCAAGGAUUAUUGGGUCAUUGCCGUUGAUAUGCGGGGAUAUGGUGACUCAGACAAACCUGAAGGACUCGAAGCGUACCGAAUUGAAAAUAUGGUACAAGACAUCAGAGAGCUGGUGAUCACUUUGGGUCGCAAAAAGUUCACCCUAGUGGCACACGACUGGGGUGCGGUCAUCGGUUGGGAGUUUGUCGCCAGACACAUGGAUAUGCUCGACAAGUACAUCAUGAUGGACGCACCGUCGAAGCAAGUAAUCCGCAAGGCAAUCAUAUCGAGCAGAACACAAUUCAAAAUGUCCUGGUAUACGUUCUUCUUCCAAAUGCCAAAACUUCCCGAGUUUUUCGUAAGAAUGAAUGAUAUCGCCAUGUUUGACAAAGUGUUCAGGCAUCACUGCAAUGCCGAAGAAGUGGAAGCUUAUAAGUAUACUUUUGCUAAAAAGGGAGCAUUGACACCGCCUAUCAACUACUAUCGCGCCAAUCGCGCACCACGUUCGAGCUCUGUCUGCCCUCCGGCAGAUGUGUCGUCUGUGCCAGGACUCUACCUGCUAGGAGAGCUGGAUAUGUACAUUUCCAAGGAGACCGGGUCGAUGAUGCAGAAGCAGUUCGAGAAGCUAGAGUUUAGGAUAGUCCCCGGAGCUGACCAUUUCCUCCAGCAGCAUAAACCGGUGCUCGUGAACCAGUUGAUGCGGGAGUUUUUGGAGAAAAAAUAAAGCACCUAAAGUAUGCAGA